ACAGUAACGUUAGCAUCAAGAUAGCUUGUUAGCUACAUGGCUGUGUCGCUAGUAUAGAUUCAAUGUUAAUAACAGCGAUAGGCAACUUUUUUGCUUAACGUUAUCAUCACAUGGGGGUUUUACUUGCGUUGUAGACGUAUUUGUUGGACAAGCUAGCUAAUGUCAGUUAUGUUAUGUUCAAUGUGUUCUCUGCUGAAAUGAUGAUGAAGAUGAUUCGGUUAGCUAACGUUAUCAUGGUCCGGAAGAAAUGUAUGAGGAAGCCCAAGUAAUAGCUAGGUAGCAAUCGCUAGCGAGCUAGGUGACGAACUGGUCAGAUGUUCAAGUCGGUAACGUUAACUGUGCAAAGCGAUGUUGGAUGAAGAUUAUUGUAUCCUUGAAUUAUAAUAUUAUUUGGUGCUAUUCGUAUUAACGUUAUGCCAGACCAUUCGCAUUAGCAGUGGGGAAAGCGAUUACAUGCUAUUAAGUUAGCUAGCCAGGAAUUUCUUUUUGGGCAACGUUGGAGGGCUAGCCAACGUCAGAUGAGUUAGCUAAUGUCAGUAGCUAUAGUGUUGAGCAAGUGGCUAGCCUUAGGUAUGUAGGGUAGGCCUAAUGUUGAAAGUCACCACUUCAGAAGAUUACUCAGUAUCGGGUAACACUAUUACUUAUAGUUUUGUUUGGCUUACUUAACAGCGGUGUUACCCCAGGGUCGCUACUGGUCUUGCUGGCACGAUCUGAUUGUUUGCGUAGCACUGGGUAGCCGGUGGAAUCUAUCUCCUUGAAUAAGGAAAGGCCCGACAGAGGAUGCCAGCUCCGAUCAGACUGCGGGAGCUGAUCCGGACCAUCCGGACGGCCCGGACCCAGGCCGAGGAGCGAGAGAUGAUCCAGAAAGAGUGCGCUGCCAUCCGCUCAUCCUUCAGGGAAGAGGACAACACCUACCGCUGCCGAAACGUGGCCAAGCUGCUCUAUAUGCAUAUGUUGGGUUACCCGGCACACUUUGGCCAGUUGGAGUGCCUGAAGCUGAUUGCAUCCCAGAAGUUCACUGACAAGCGGAUAGGGUACUUGGGGGCCAUGUUGCUGCUGGAUGAGAGGCAGGACGUCCAUCUACUAAUGACAAACUGCAUCAAGAAUGACCUGAACCACAGCACACAGUAUGUGCAGGGCUUGGCCUUGUGCACCCUCGGCUGCAUGGGCUCGUCGGAGAUGUGUCGUGAUCUGGCUGGAGAGGUGGAGAAGCUCCUCAAAACAUCAAACUCCUACCUGAGGAAAAAGGCGGCGCUGUGUGCUGUCCACGUUAUCAGGAAGGUCCCAGAGCUGAUGGAGAUGUUCCUCCCAGCGACGAAAAACCUGCUCAGCGAGAAGAACCACGGUGUCCUCCACACAUCUGUGGUUCUGCUCACUGAAAUGUGUGAGAGAAGUCCAGAUAUGCUUUCACACUUCAGAAAGAAUGAGAAGCUGGUCCCACAGCUGGUGAGAAUCCUGAAGAACCUGAUCAUGUCCGGGUAUUCGCCCGAGCACGAUGUGUCCGGCAUUAGCGACCCCUUCUUGCAGGUGCGAAUAUUGAGGCUACUGAGAAUUCUAGGCAAAGGGGAUGAUGACUCCAGUGAAGCUAUGAAUGACAUUCUUGCACAGGUUGCGACCAAUACAGAAACAAGUAAAAAUGUAGGCAAUGCAAUUCUCUAUGAGACGGUUCUAACCAUUAUGGACAUCAAAUCAGAAAGUGGAUUAAGGGUGUUGGCCAUUAACAUCCUUGGACGCUUCUUACUCAACAAUGAUAAAAACAUCAGAUAUGUUGCGCUGACGUCUCUACUGAAGACCGUGCAGACAGACCACAACGCUGUGCAGAGGCAUCGGAGCACCAUUGUGGACUGCUUGAAAGAUUUAGACGUUUCGAUCAAGCGGCGGGCGAUGGAGCUGAGUUUUGCCCUGGUCAACGGCAACAACAUACGGGGCAUGAUGAAGGAGCUGCUCUACUUCCUGGACUCGUGCGACCCGGAGUUCAAAGCCGACUGUGCAUCUGGAGUGUUCCUGGCGGCCGAGAAGUACGCACCCUCCAAGAGAUGGCACAUAGACACGAUCAUGAGGGUCCUGACUACGGCGGGGAGCUAUGUCCGGGACGAUUCGGUCCCCAACCUGAUCCAGCUUAUCACGAACAGUGUGGAGAUGCAUGCUUACACUGUGCAGAGACUCUACAAAGCACUGCUGGAUGACAUCUCACAGCAACCUCUGGUGCAGGUGGCGUCCUGGUGCAUAGGGGAGUACGGAGACCUGCUGGUGUCAGGACAGUGUGAAGAGGAGGAGCCCAUCCAGGUUACUGAAGAUGAGGUAUUGGAUGUGUUGGAAGGCCUCCUCGUCUCCAAUCUCUCCACCCCUGUUACCCGUGGUUACUCCCUGACUGCCAUCAUGAAGCUCUCGACUCGCUUCAGCAGUGUAAACCGCAUCAAGAAGGUUGUGUCCAUAUACGGGAGUAGUAUAGACGUGGAGCUGCAGCAGAGGGCUGUGGAGUAUAAUGCACUUUUCAAGAAAUAUGAUCACAUGAGGCCUGCCUUACUAGAGCGCAUGCCCAUUAUGGAGAAGACCUCCACUAAUGGCCCCACAGAGAUUGUGCAGACCAAUGGGGAGACGGAGUCCGCUGUACUAGACACGAAACUCACACCUGCUGUUCCUCAACCCGCCAGUCAGGCUAAUGAUCUGUUGGACCUGCUGGGUGGCAACGACGUGGUUCCUGUGAUCCAGACCUCUGUACCCACCAAGCCUGCCUCUGCUGGAGGCGAGCUCCUGGAUCUCCUCGGGGAUCUCUCUCUGACUGGUGGUCCUACCCCUGCCCCUGCUCCCUCUGCUCCCAUCUCCCAGCCCCCCUUCCUCCUGGACGGCCUGUCCUCACAACCCCUGUUUAACGACACCGCAGCAGGUAUCCCUCCCAUGACGGCGUACAAUAAAAAUGGCCUGAAAAUCGACUUCACCUUCGAGAGGUCGAACCAAAAUCCCAAUAUCUCGGUCAUCACCAUCCACGCCACCAACUCGACAGAGGCGGAGAUGACGGAGUUUGUUUUCCAGGCUGCAGUACCAAAGACAUUCCAGCUGCAGCUGCUGUCCCCUAGCAGUAAUAUAGUCCCGGCGCUCAACCAGGGAAAUGUCACGCAGGUCAUCAGAGUACUCAACCCACAGAAGCAACAACUGCGAAUGAGGGUCAAAUUGACAUACACCCACAAAGGCACCCCUGUGCAAGACUUGGCCGAGGUCAACAACUUUCCCCCGCAGUCCUGGCAGUGACAUGUUGCCUGCUCUCCCUCUUAAAAGACCCCAAUCAAGGGAACUAUGGGAAAGAGUCCCCCCCCGUCCCCCUCUCCCCGUCCCCAUUCUGGCCCCCCCUUGUGACAUCGCCCGCAGACCGACCACCGCCCCCAGGGGUUGCAUGGGAGUCAGCGGUACAUUCUUGACCCACAGAGAACCAACCAACCAGACGACGAUGGUAUGAAGACCAUGACAACGACUGUGACAAUGAUGAUGCAUCAUCUGAAAUAUCAGAGAAAAAACAUAUCCGAAUACCAAUUACUGUCUCUAUGAUUUGGUCUCGCUCCCCUCUUUCCUUCUUUCACCUUUAUUCAGCACUAAAGUCUCUACUCCUUGUCUUACACACGCACACAGACACACACACACACACACACACACACACUCACACUCACACUCACACUCACACUCACACUCACACUCACUCACUCUCCAUUUCCUGCCCACUUUGGUCACUUCCUGUCAUCCUAACAAGGAUUUCACCUCUCCAUUCACAAGAAGUAAUUUUCUAUGAGCGCUUGUGUAACCCCUCUCGUUUUUUUUUCUUUUCUUAUUAUUUGUGUUUUUAAUCUAACCCUCAAUGGAGUGUCUUUUUUUUUUUUUUUUUUUUUUUUUUGGGGUUUUAAGGAAACAUUUGCAACGGCUAGAAGAAUAUGUCCAAUAUACACACUUAACAUUUUUGGAAUUAGGAAAAUGUCACUUUUGGAAUGGGGCUGGGAAACAAAUUUUCCAUUAAUCUCUCUUAAAGUCUCUAUCCAGCAAAUUGUCAUUUAAAUGCUUUCCUAACAUCUAUCCAGACAUACGGUUAUUUUAUUUUGUUAAAAACUCUAAGGCAUUAAUCAUGGCUUUGAAAGGUUAGCCUCCCAGAUAAUCUCUAUUUGUUUCACCUCUGAGUGCUAGUUUUGACCUGUUGUAUAUUUUUCAGCGGCUAACACAGGUUACAGAGUGAAUUGCAGUUGCUGACUUGAAGGACUUGAGCGAGAGCUAGGACAGUAGGUCUAAGGCCCCUCCAGCUAGCCAGAGAUGACCGGGGUAAGACACACACAUGCAUCUCUGUAGAGCACACCACCAACACUGGUUGGUGAGCAGCCCAUUGAGCCGCUGAAAAGCUUUUAGAUGACCUAACCUGGACUUUUUUUUCUUCCCCUUUGCAAGUGUUUGCCUUUGUUUGGAUUGGAAUGAGGUUUCCCAGGGUGACUAGUUUACCUCCAACAGAGGGCUGUGUGGGGGGAUUAAGUGAUGCAGUCUCAUAGGGAUUGAUUUAAAAUGUUUGGUUUAGGUGAUAACUUUAUUAAUAAUAAUAAUAAUAAAAUAAAGCAUCAUGAUGCACAGCCUGUCAGAGCGGUUUUCCAAAUGCAUUGUGGGCAAACAUGGAAUAGAUUGCCCAUAUGUCUACUGGUUUGUGUACAUAAUAGAUCAGUACAAUUUGGCAUGAAAUUUGAUUCAUGGCUUUGGGUAUUCACGCCAGUCUCAGAAGACAUUUGCAGUUUUAAUCUGGCUUAGACAUUGUACACAUAUGUUGUGAAUGUAGUUACAUGCACUGAAUGCAUUUUUUUUUUUUUCCUGAAGAUUUGUAGGCAUGUUAUUUUGAAGUUGACUAUGUCAUGGGCAGCACUUUUUCUGUUACUUUUUUCUGUAGUACUUUUUUUCUUUUUCUCAUUUUUUGUUUCUUUCUUUUUGUUCUCUCUUAUUUAGAUUGUUUCAAAUGAUGCCUGAUUUUUUUUGGAAUCUAUGUGCCUUUCGCCAUAACUGGUAGAUAUGAAGCCCUCAAAAGUCUUGUUGAUGUCACGCAGCGGGUUCACUUCCCACCAGGGGUGAGGUUCGUUUGACCUUUCGGUCACGGUCCCUUUCACUCGCAUCAGUUUCGUUUUUCUCACCGGCGCUGAUAAACAAAUGCCGAGAGAGCUACUCCUAGGUCCGUAAGCCUCAGGCUGUAGUUAAACCACUGACCGGAGCUGGUCCCUUUCUCUUGCUUGACCGUGUUGUUUGAGAACAUUAACCUGCAUACCUCACAAUGUGUCACCAUUCUUGUUGUCAAUGAUCAACGGCGUCAUGACUGUCACGUGUAACCACUUGCAUACCUUUGGGACGUCAGCAGGGCACCCACGCAUUUCUCUUCCACCGCUAACUAGCUCGGCUGCCUACCAGCUUCUGCUUUUCUCGGGGUGUAUCCAUCCAAUUGGAGUGUUGACUCCCCUAUGCCACAGUGUCUAACAUUUGUGACCAAAUCAGAUGUUCUUUUGCUUAUUUUGGAAAUAUUUUUGAGCAAUGUAUAUGGAAAAAAAACACUUCCUUCUAUUAGUUAGGGUAUUUUCUUUUCGUUUCAUUUGUUUUGUUUUGACUUGGCUAUCUCUGCUUUUUUCUGUACAUAUUGAGGGCUUUUAAGAUGCAUAAACUUGUCUUGCUCAUCCCUUUUUUUAGAUACCAACAUUUUUCUAAGACUUCCUUCCAGAACAGCACAGUGUAUAUUGUCUUAAGAUCUCAAGUCCAGAUCAUGGUCUCAUUGAAAGACUUACCUGUCUCAAUGUCUUGAAAAACGAAAUGUAAUAUCUGCUGCCUGUAUAUUGUACAUAAUUGUAAAACACAAAAGACCAGAUCAAAUAAAUUCCCAUUUGAAGACAUGUUAAGAUUAGAUCGGGACUAAAAUUGUAUACAUGUGUAAAAAAAAUAACAUGUAUGAGCGAUGUUAUUACUUUCUCCUCCUCUCUCUUGAUUGCAUACGACUCUUUUUUUUUUUUUUUUUUUUCUCUCUUAUGCUGUCUGGGUGGCCAUUGGCACUGCAUGAUGUAGGGCUAAAGGGACACUGCUGUUCUAUGCCGUGCAGCGACACAGGCAGGGGCCGCUGUGUGUGUGUGUGUGUGUGUGUGUGUGUUUGAAGGCCAGUGUAUUGGCAUGGUCCUCUAGGAAAGAAGGUCUGGAAGUGGAAUGGGACCGUUGCCAGUGGUGCGGCAGCCCUCCUCCCACCCUCACCCUUCGCCUCAUUGUGUUGCUUACUGUGGCUAACACAUCGGGGAUAAUGACUACAGGCCCAGUCCACCUGCUAAUUAAUAGACUACCUGCCGACAGAGCAGACGCUUUCUCGCGGUCAGAUCUCGCACUGUUUGCUUUCUGUCUUUUGGCUGAAAGGUUACUCUGAUUCCCCUCUUGAGGCCCAUCAUUCUCCACUAUCCAUCACAAUUUGACUGCUCACCAUAGAUUCCGCUUUGUGUCUGUCAGAACUAGGUUAGGCUCUUGGUCACUAUACUGCUGACUGAUGAUGGCUUAUUUCUCACUUGAGGGUGCAGUGAGUGGUGGGGCUGCAUUAGUUAUGCCGAAUGUGAGUCCACAAACUCUUUGAGACCAUCAUAUCAUUCAACGAGUCCAUUAUCACUGUACAAUCACCAUGUCUUGACUGACCGGCACAUCCCUUGGGUGAUACAAUGAGCUUAUGUUUUAUUAUUGUGAUGGCAUACUUUUUUAAAAUUAGCUUUUUCUUUUGGGGCGAAACACGAAAGGCAGUGUGAAUUGCCAACAACAUGACUUUCUUUCACGUCAGCGGUAGUUGGCUAAAUUGAUAUUGCCACCUCUUUUUGUUUUAUUUUCUAAUAUAGCGCAGUGGCAAUAAUCCACAUGGUGGAUGUUUUUGCAACUGAGGUCCAGAGCUGCUUAAUAUUUGAGAAGGAGGAAAAGGACAUCAGAGGAGACUGUUUGUUAUGUACUUCAGGCUAAGCGCCACAAGGGGGAGCGCUCAUGGAUUAUUAUGGUCUUUGGGAAGGGAAUACUGGAAAGUUGUCUCGUUUUUUUUUUUUUUUUUGUCCCAUGUUUUCUUUAUUUGUUACUUUUUCACCAGCAAAGUUGGUGACCUCCCUGCUUUAAAUUUCCCUGAUUUAUGAAUGAUUUAUACAGAUUUUGUCUCUGCCUUUUAAUUAUAAAUUAUGAAGGGUGAAUAUCUAUACAACUGUAGUUAUGAUACUGCAAAUGAAUAUUCAAGAGAAAUCCUUUGGAAAUCUGUGCUGCUGAUAAAGCUUUUUUUCUUUUGGUUAAUCAGCCCAUAUAAUUGUGUGUAUCUGUUGUGUUUGUGUGAAUGUGUAUGUGUGAGUGAGUGUGUGUUGCCAUGUCUGACAGCACCUCCUCACCUGUCAGGAUGUGUGUGCGUCUUUGGCUGCGAUGAUUUUUCGUUGAUUCUCUGCUGCAUGUGAGAAUCGUUUGUAAAUAGUCAUUUCUACUCUAUGUAAACUUCUUGUGGAAAAAAUGCAAGUUCAAAAUAAUCAGUAAAUUCACCACACCUCCUUUGAUGGCUUGGAACUGACAUCUUUGUACAUUUGGACAUGUUCUGUAAAGAAAAUAUAUAUACAUAUAAAUAUAUAUAAAAAAGAAAAACAAAUUACUGUCCAAUGCAGCGAUCAGCUUUUUACUCUGGAUGAGCUAUGGGUUUGGGUCACGUUGUUCAUAUGGGUGUAGUUGUCUGUUGGCAGGUGGUUACUCCAUGCGUAGAGCUCUUGGACAAACCCAUUUUCUCAUGCUCCCUCUUUGUGAACUGAAGAAAAUAGAAAAGAUACCCGUUGUUCUUUUGGAAAGUGAAACUCUACAUUGUACCCCUGAAAAGAUUUUACACUGGCUGUUCUACCACAUUUGAUUUGUGAGGGAGAAAAACUUUUUCCACAUGAUGGGCUUGACAUGUUGAACUAAAUCAGAGUCCUGUGUCUUCAAGAAGAGUGUCGGACUGAAAAAAAUAUAAUGAUGAUGACUAUGAUGAUGAAGAUGAAUAAAAUGAGAGGUUGUAAACUACUAGAUGGGAUAUUUUAGACUUAUGCUGUGUAUUAUUGUCUUUGGGUUGGAGAUAUGAUCAAGAAAAUAAAAAGUCAAAAUGAAAACUA